AAGUGUUAGAUGACUCGUUUGUCACUCCACAGGAAAUAGCUUCAUUGCUGGACAUUGAAUGGGAAGGGCAAAUAGGGGAGUUGGUCGACCACCAUCUAUUUAGCUCAUUUAAACAAAUAAACGAAUUUCCAUCAAAGCGCUCGGUUGAGUAUGAUCGCGUACUCGACAGAUUCAACACGCUAAAGCAAAAACGAUCUUAUGCAUUAAACGGUCUAAGUAGGCGAGAUCAAUCUGUAAUCGACAGUAUAGUGGCUAUUGAUAAACAAGUGCUGCGAAAGCGCCAUAAACGAUGGCCCAUACCGCCGCCCGUUCCCAAGCCGAGUGAAGACGAAAAGACGGAAUUUUCUUUGUUAGGAAUAGAGGAUCCUGGAUUUGUCAAUCAGUGGCAUUUGCAUAACCCGAUUGAACACAAUGAUCUAAAUCUGACGGACGUAUGGAAAGAGGGAAUCACGGGGAAGGAUGUCAUAGUAGCUCUCGUUGACGAUGGUCUCGACAUGAACAGCGAAGACUUGGCGCCUAAUUAUUUUGCAGAAGGCUCAUGGGAUUUUAACGACAAUAACCCGGUUCCUUCACCAAAGUUGAGUGAUGAUGCACAUGGAACUCGAUGUGCUGGAGAAAUUGCCGCCGUGAAGAAUGACGUCUGUGGUGUUGGAGUUGCUUUCGAUGCAAAAGUAUCCGGUCUCCGCAUCCUAUCCAAAGAAAUUUCCGAUGUUGAUGAAGCUACCGCUCUCAAUUAUGAAUUCCAUAAAAAUCAUAUCUAUUCAUGUAGCUGGGGUCCUUCUGAUGACGGUAGAUCAGCGGAAGCGCCUGAAGGACUCAUUCUGAAAGCUUUUAUCAAUGGCGUUAAAAAUGGAAGAAAUGGCAAAGGAAGCAUAUUUGUAUUUGCUUCCGGAAAUGGGGCAGGAAGUCAGGAUAAUUGUAACUAUGAUGGAUACACGAAUAGUAUUUAUACAAUCACCGUUGGUUCUGUAGACAGAAUGGGAUUGCAUCCUUACUACUCGGAACAAUGUUCUGCUAUGCUUGUUACUACUUAUAGCAGUGGAAGCGGAAGUUUUAUUUACACAACGGAUGUAGGAAAACGUGAAUGCACAGGAAGACAUGGAGGCACAUCAGCGGCUGCUCCCAUAGCUGCUGGAGUCUUCGCUCUCGUUCUUUCCAUUCGCCCUGAUCUUACAUGGCGAGACAUGCAAUACCUAAGUCUCACUUCUGCCAUUCCCUUUAACAAGGAAGACACUGACUGGUCAAUAACGGCAGCUGGUCGUCCAUACAGUUAUAAAUUUGGCUACGGCAAACUGGAUGCGUAUACAAUAAUACAAAAAGCAAAGACGUUUCAAAACCUUGGCCCGCAAGUUAACCUUACAAUGCACACUAUUACGAUUAAUAAAAAAAUCCCGCAUAAUGAUGUCGGCAUAUCAAGCAGUAUAAAAGUCACGCAGGACGACUUGGAUACCGUUUCGCUAGGAAGGUUGGAACAUGUGACCGUCACUGUAAAUAUCGAACAUCAGAAGAGAGGAAACAUUCUAGUGGAUUUGACCAGUCCGAACAAAAUUGUUUCCAAUUUGGGACAAGCGAGAAAGUUUGAUACUCAUCAGAAAGGAUUGUCUAACUGGACUUUUAUGAGCGUAAAACACUGGGAUGAAAAUCCAAUUGGCGAAUGGACUCUCCAAGUUCGCGACACUAAGGAAGCCAAAUUUUGGGGCGUUUUUAUUGAUUGGCGCAUAAAAUUCCACGGCGAACAAAUAAAUGCCAAAGAUGUCGAGAUAGCUCCUCCAACACCAUUCCAAACCAAACCUUCCUACGCAGACGACCAACAACCAACUACAUCAAAUGACGAACAGACAUCAUCAACACAAGUAUCGGAGACAACAGCAGCAUCUUCAACUAUAACAUCUGAUUCAUCAGUCCCUAUCUACCCAACUUGGGUAGAUGGCACAACAAGCAAAACCGACGCUGUCUCAGAAACAGGUUCCGUAUCGCCGCCUUCGUCACCGCUAUCACCUACUCCCUCCAUUAUAUAUGCUAUUUUCGGAACUCUUGCAGCAGUCAUUAUUGCUAUUGCUAUAGGAGCUGUGGUCUACUUUAGGAAAGACAUAUUUCCAGGAUCUGCGCACAAUAAAUUCUUUUCCCGCGAUACAUAUGAAUUUUCCGUACUCGCGCCACCUAACCUAUCAAAUAACGACGAUGUGUCGGUACCCUUGCGAUCAGGGGACAAGUAUUUUAUGACGUCUCGAGAACUGUUUGAUGCAUUUGGUGACAGCGAUGUAGAAGAUGAUGGUGACGAAUUUGGUGAAAAGGAAAUUGGAAACGAACAUACUGAACAAUACCGUGACAAUAUUGAGGAGAGCAGCAGUGGAAGUCAUGAUAGGAACAAUAUAGAUGAAAAUGCGGACCUUGAGGACAGAGAUAGGCAAGAUGAGAACUAG